CCCAGUGCGGACUGAGAAGGCGGCGGCUGCGACAGCGUCGAGUGUCUGUGCCUGGGUCUUCGAGUGGAUUGUAUCCGAGCCCGGGACCUACCUAGUCCUGACCGUGUCCGUGUGUGAGUGGACGGCGUCCGACGCGAUGACUCUGAAUGGCGGCGGCAGCGGAGCCGGCGGGAGCCGCGGCGGGGGCCGGGAGCGCGAGCGCCGUCGGGGCAGCACACCCUGGGGCCCGGCGCCCCCGCUGCACCGCCGAAGCAUGCCGGUGGACGAGCGCGACCUGCAGGCGGCGCUGGUUCCGGGAGCUCUGGCAUCGGCCGAGGCCGGGACCGGAGCCCAGGGUCCGAGGCUGGACUGGCCCGAGGGCUCUUCUGACUCGCUCAGCUCAGGAGGCAGCGAUUCAGACGACGGCGUUUACAAGGUGCUGCUGCUGGGGGCGCCUGGCGUCGGCAAGAGCGCUCUGGCGCGCAUCUUCGGUGGUGUAGAGGAUGGGCCGGAGGCAGAGGCCGCAGGGCACACGUAUGACCGCUCUAUCAUAGUGGAUGGAGAAGAGGCAUCACUCAUGGUUUAUGACAUUUGGGAUCAGGAUGGGGGCCGCUGGCUACCCGGCCACUGCAUGGCCAUGGGAGACGCAUAUGUCAUCGUGUACUCAGUGACAGACAAGGACAGCUUUGAGAAGGCCUCAGAGCUUCGAGUCCAGCUGCGGCGGGCGCGGCAGACCGACGACGUGCCCAUCAUCCUGGUGGGCAACAAGAGCGACUUGGUGCGCUCUCGUGAGGUCUCUUUGGAUGAGGGCCGGGCCUGCGCUGUUGUCUUCGACUGUAAGUUUAUUGAGACGUCAGCUGCGCUGCACCACAACGUCCAGGCGCUGUUCGAGGGUGUCGUGCGCCAGAUACGCCUGCGCAGGGAUAGCAAAGAGGCCAAUGCACGUCGACAAGCGGGUACCCAGCGGCGAGAGAGCCUUGGCAAGAAGGCGAAGCGCUUCCUGGGCCGUAUCGUCGCUCGAAACAGCCGCAAGAUGGCCUUGCGUGCCAAGUCCAAGUCCUGCCAUGACCUCUCGGUGCUCUAGGUCCUGAGGCACUCCUGUACAGUGCACACAGAUGGGCAGAUUGGUGGGCUGGCCCAGCCAACUGCCCAAGGUGCCCCAAGGCUGGCUCAGACUCUGGGCAUCCCCCACCUCAUGGUCAUGGACAGAAAGACAGUGCUGCUCAGGGAGGUGGCUCCCAGUGGCUGUCGAGGGCUGGGCCCACAGAGAUGUCCGUGCAGGCCCUUAUGUGUCCCAAGCAGCACCUGAGCCCAGCCUGUGGAGCAGGCCCGUGAGUGGGGAGAGGACUCUGGCUUUCUCUGCACGCAUGGUAUGCAUGUCCUGGAGGGAGGCAGUUCAAUGCAGUGGCUAUUUGUUUACAUGCAGGUUUUUGUAAUAAAGACUAUUUCCUGAUAGG